AUGAGUUCUACUAACCAAGGAAGUGAUCCAGCUGAAAACUCUCUCAAAAAUGCAGAAAAUGAACCACCAAAUGCCUGUGAGGAUGAGAAAGAACAUCCACUUCCUGAUACCAACAACAUUUCUCAGGAAGAAACCAGUGUAUCAGGCAUGGAGCCAAACUCAUCAAGUUCCCAGGAGGAUACAGAACCCCAGCCAGUAGAAAACAGCAAAUCUGAAGCAGAGAAGACUCAACAUGAUCCCCCAGAUGAAGAAUUAUUAGAAGACUCUCUUCCACUUCAGAUAUCUAUUCCUAGAAAGCUGACCAUUCCUAGGUUAAUAUUAUGUAGAAUUAUCUAUCUGAGUAUCCCACAACCACAAUCACAACUUCAUGAAAAGAAGAUCUUAUCUGAUAAAAUCAUGUUCCAUCUAGGGACAAUGCAGAUGACAAUAAGUGAUUACUCCCAUGUCCCUAUACAUGACAAGAUGCUGGAUCCCCGUUUCCUUGCAUGGCGAGUCCCAUUCUUUAAUACUGAUGAGAUAAGUAGGAUGAUUAUUCACCUGUUGUGCAGCAGAAAUUUCUCUCAGACAGAAUAUCACCAACGUAAUGCAUGGGUAAAACAAAAAUAUGUAGCAGUUCGUGAUUACCAAAAUGUCAUCAAUCUCCAAAGGAACAUAGUCUUUGGAAGGCCUCUGAGAGUAUACUACUACCAUCCUCUUUUGGAAAGACUAACUCAAAGGAAAACUACUAAGUUAUAUCAAAACAGGAAUGGAAACCAUCUUUCUGUGAGGCCAAGAUUCUACAUGUCUCAGUUCCGAACCCAGAAUACUAUCCAUGGAAAAGAUUUUAAAAAUAAUUGGAGAGCUCGUCAUAAGCUGAGGCUAGUAAUCGUAACCUACAACAAUAACUGGAAAUAA